AUGCACCUGGAAUUGAUGAGUCGCAGCAGAACAGUUAUCCUGGGAGGUGGUCGGCGUCAUUGGCUACCUAAAGUUACGAGGGACUUGGAGCAAGUAACGGACGAAGGCAGACGUUUGGACGGUCGAAACCUGGUAGAAGACUGGCUCAGAGAUAAGAAGAAAAGAGGGGUGAAGGCUGAGUUCGUCUGGAACAAGCAGCAGCUGGAUAAUAUUUCUAGUGACAUCGAUCAUCUCCUAGGACUAUUUGCGUACUCACACAUGGAGUUCGAAGCAGACAGAGACACGGGGCCCUCGGGCGAUCCUUCUCUGGCUGAUAUGACCAACAAGGCUCUUAACGUGCUAGAAAGAAGCAACAAGGGCUAUUUCUUGUUUGUAGAAAGUGGGAGAAUAGACCAUGCCCAUCAUUACAACAAUGCAUACCGCGCCUUGGACGAGACUCUGGCACUGGAAACCGCACUGGUCGAGGUGUUGGGGCGGGUGGAUCUGGAGGAGACCCUGGUGGUGGUUACCACGGACCAUUCUCACGUGCUCACUUUGGGUGGUCUGGCUACGCCGAGGGGUAACCCCGUAUUAGGUACCGACACGAAACCUUCUGAUGUCGAUGGGCAACCGUACUCGACACUCUUGUACGGCAGCGGCCCAGGCUACAGUGUGCCCCGCAGCGUGCCCAACAACGCCAGUUCUGCUGCCGAGGAGCGGAACGCUGUCCACGGCUCUGCGGUACCUCGUCAGUGGGGAACUCACGGCGGAGAGGACGUCCCCGUGUUUGCCGCUGGUCCGCUAGCUCGGGCACUGUUCAGUGGCAUCGUAGACCAGAGCUACAUCCCCCAUGCCAUCGCAUUCAUAGCCUGCCUGGGUGAACAUAGCAAGCGCUGUGUCAGCGGACCUGAUAAUUACACUGAGCCAAGACGUGAGAACUGUGGAUCGCCACAUGUCAGUACAGUGUACACCAGCCGGCGGCGCGGUGGCGUAGUGUUGGCAAGCAGUGUCAUGAGUGAAGACACCCCUGCUUCCAGAGCUCAGUGUCUCGAAUCCAUCACCAGUUUUAUCCUCCUGCUGGUAGCAUUAUUUCUGGCUACGUGAUACAAUUUCACGUCGCUGCUGUUUUGGUGUGAACAGUAAAAAAGGACAAAAAGUUUUGUGAAUAUUUUUGUUUUGAUUUCAUGAAACUACACAGUUCUAUGGUGUCAUCAAACAUUGUGUGGCUCCAAGAGUAAUUAAUUCAUACAGGAUUUCUCAAUUAAUUAGCAAUUAAUCAUUUAGUAUAUGGAAUAUAUGUUUUUACUGUAAUGCCUGAGAGACGGAAGAAAUAAAAUGUAUAAAGCUUAGCUGUUUCAAGCCACAACCUUUCAUACGCUCUUUUUUACUCGUUAGUUUUAUAUAAACCCAGGUAAUGUAAGUUUAUGUUUUUAUUUAUGUAAAAAGUUACAAGAUAUAUUGCAAAGCAUAUAAAUACAAUUUGAAAAAUAUCCAUUCAGUCUUACGAUUGAUAGCUUUAUUUAAUCUUGAUUACACACAUUAGUAAAUACAUUAGGUUGAAUCCAAGACAGGACCUAAUGUUCCUAUUUCGACUGAUAAAGUAAAGAACGUAUUCGUUCAAUCGUAAAGCUUGUAAAAAUACCUACUUCGUUUUGAGAUCCUAUUGAUUCUUAAUUUAAAUUUAACAGCAACAAGUUAUCAUUAGAAUUUCUUAGCUGAGUAAAAAUCGAGUACUGAAAUGUUAAUACUAAAAAUCAAUUUAAUUAAACCUGAUUUAACAAAAAUAAAUAAUUCAAGCACGAGUCUAUAUUAUGUACCUCCAAUAGGUAAUGUCUCUUAAAAUAUGUUAUUUGGUAUUUAGGUUGUGUUUAUUGUUCAUAAAUAUUUAAUUUAAAUUAAACGUUUACCUUAAUUAUAAUUAAACCCAUUAUAAUCCAUGAAGAAUGAUAAUUCCUUGUAUUUAUGGGUGCUAAAAUAGCCUUGCAUCAAUAUAGCAUUCUUAUAACUGAUUUACAUGUUUAGGCCUUUAGUAAAAGAUGAAAUUUAAUAUGUUGAAGCAGUUUGGUGUGAAUUGUUUAAGGUAACCUUCUGUGCAAGGCAGGAUUGUGUGUUGUUAAUCAUUUUCAUAUUUACGAUGUAACAAUGACUGCUGAAAAACUCUGUUACGAGUAGAUAUCAUGUUUCGAUUGAAAUAGAUUUAUUAAAUUGGGUAUAGUAAUAUAAAAUACAAACAAAAUUGCAUGCUUGUGUGUACCUGUUGUGUAUUGCAUAGUUUGUGUUGUUGGCUGUGUAUAUGUUGAGGUUAUGUGUACACCAAGAAUACACACAACAUGCCACAAAGGUCUCCUUGUUCCAAAAAACAGUAAUUUAAACAAAAAUGUAACAACUAAUGUGAACUAAAAUAGGAAUGAACCACAGUUGGAAUAUUAAUUUAUUUUUACAAUAAUUUCAGUUUCCUGACAAACUAUAGGAAACAGACUGAUCAUUAUACUUACAUAUAUAUUUCACUCAUAUGGAUGACCGAAUAUAUUAAACUAAUUAAAUGUCAAGUAUAUUUGUUACGUAGAUUUAACCAACAAAUAAGCUAACUUAAUGAUCUCAAAUGCAUCGUCGAACCACCAUCCGAAACGUGCCAAUUAAUGUCAAUAUUCAUCGUUUGAACUGACUCGGAUGUUGAGGGUAUGUUGAUUGCAGAACUAUUCACUUUGUUCACUCAACACGUUAUUACAUUUGCUUUGUCGUACUCAAAUAAAUAGUUCUACGUACUUUGUUUCAAACAAGUGCAAUAUCAUAUCUCCCAUUACAGUAGCAAUAUAUUGGUUUGCAAUACCGCUUCUACAAUAUUUGAAACCAAUGACACAUUUAAACACUUCAAUAAGGAACCUUCUGGAUGAGUUAAUUUGAGUUACCCCAAAAUAGUAAAAAAAUACAAUAAAGCAAACUACUAUGAAGAAUGACUUAAACAUGUAUAUUCAUGUAGUAUACGCUACAUUAGUAAAUUUGAAUGUAAGAUAAAAAAUCCAUAUCAGAUGGUUUGUUCUGUAUGUGAAAAGUGCUGUAUUAAUGUUUAUAUUUUGUACAAAUUAAUAAAUAUUGUAUUCAGCGUU